GUGGGGCGGAGAGGGAGAGCGGCGUGCUCGUGUCGCUUUCCUCGGUGGGUUCUCCGGAAGGUCGGGCCCACCUGUAGUCCUCCGUGCAGAGCGCAGCUCCGAAGGGGCUCCUGAGGGUCCCCAGGCGGGGCUGGGUCCUCCCUGCCUGCGUUGGGAGUGGCCGCCCGGGUCCGAGCUGUCAACCCGCCCUGCGUGGAGGAGUCCCGAUUGCCGGCGCGGGUUCCAGCCGUUGCCGGCGUCCAGCUGUCGACUUUCUGCCUGGAUCUCUGACUUCUCAGCCUUCUGAUCUCUGCAGACCCACGCCUCAGGGUAUGUAACAGCCAUGCCUGUGGACACGCUGACCCCUGGAACCCCAGCUGCCCCAGCCCUACCUUUCCGCCUGCGGACCAAGGUGCCCGGCUACCUGCUUCGGAGGCCAGCAGAUGGUGGAGUCCGGAAGCCCAGUGCUGUAGAGCGCCUGGAGGCUGACAAGGCUAAGUACGUUAAGAGCCUGCAUGUGGCAAACACCCGCCAAGAGCCUGUGCAGCCCCUGCUGACCAAACAGCCUCUCUUUAGCCCUGGAACUCGCCGCACAGCACUAACGCCCAGCCGCCGAGCCCUGCCCGGCCCUGGCCGCCGACCCCAGCUCGACCUGGACAUCCUCAGCAACCUCAUCAACUUGUGCGAUAGUCCUGUGUCCCCUGUGGAACCCAGCCGCACCCCCGGGCAGACUGAAGGAGCCCAUCAGGCCGCGCCAGCCACACCUCCACGCCCACCACCCACUACGGCAGCGGUCCGCAGAGUGGAUGUCCUCCCUCUGCCUUCAUCUCCUGCCCAGCCCUGCCCAUCGCCCAGCUCGGGCACCUCCUCCAGCCCAGCUCGGCCACAGGGUUUGCAGCGCUCCAAGUCAGACUUGAGCGAGCGCUUCUCCAGGGCGGCCGCCGACCUCGAGCGCUUUUUUAACUUCUGUGGCCUGGACCCGGAGGAGGCACGGGGAUUGGGCGUGGCCCACCUGGCACGGACAAGCUCGGACAUCGUGUCCCUGACGGGGCCCAGCGCUGGGCCUGGCAGCUCCGAGGGCGGCUGCUCCCCACACAGCUCUGCCACAGUGGAGGAGCGCGCCCGGGAGCGCGUCCCCUACGGCGUGUCGGUGGUGGAACGCAACGCGCGUGUAAUCAAGUGGCUGUAUGGCUUGCGCCAGGCCCGGGAGACACCCGCUGCUGAGGGCUAGUACCCUGCUGGACCCGGAAUUUAACACAGGACACAUCUUGGAGGGGUACUUGGGCCUUGGUCUCUCACAUCUGCUCCAUGGCGGUGGGAGACUAGACACAGCCUCCUUGGGUGAACUUGGCAUGGAGGCCCAGGCUCAGAGCCUGGACCAGCGCUUAAUGGUUGGGACUGACCCUGGGGAGGAUUGCUGUUGGCCUUGAGCUUUGGACCGGAGGACACCCCUGCUCCUGUCCUCUGGUAGGGUUGCACGUGGGGUGCUCAGCCCUCCCUGGGGAGAGUGUGCUGCCCAGGGAUCCUGCCAAGCCUGUCUGCUCAGUGACCAUUUCCUCCUUCCUUCCUGGGCCUUUGACCCUUGCUAACUUCCUCUUCCUUGCCCAGUGGGGCCCAGCUCCCAGGCGACUCCCCCCGGGGUGGGGGUAGGGACCAGGGAACCUACCUACCUACUGUACUUCUUGGUCUUUGGGAGUAGACCUAGGUGGGUAGACAACAGGAGGGACUGGAGUGACUCCUAAGUCUGUGCUGCUCUGAUGUCCCUCCCCCUGGUUAAUAAACACACACGCUUGUUUCUCCAA